UGUCGUCAUUUCCGGACAUUAAAGCGCUCUCGCUUUACAACUCCGGCGACCCAUGCUAGUCUUAUGGGUUUCAGCAAAUAAAAAGCGAAGGUUUCAGAGAAAUUGCCGCACGUGUCUCCCCAGAAUUUAAAAUAGCUUCCCCUGACCCAUGCUGCGAGCCAUGGAUAUGGACAUCCCCGUUACUCUGGUCAUCAAGGCCCCCAAUCAGAAGUAUGAUGACCAGACCAUAUAUUGCUUCUUGAACUGGACGGUGGAGAAGCUGAAAACUCACAUCUCACACGUUUAUCCCAGUAAACCGAGCUCCAAGGACCAGAGGUUAGUGUACUCAGGGAAGCUGCUCUCGGACGACCUGCAACUCAAGGAUGUGCUGAGAAAGCAGGAUGAGUACCACAUGCUCCACCUGGUGUGCGCCUCCCGAACUCCCCCAGGCUCCCCUCAGCCGCGCAGAAGACACACUAAGAGCAAGUCCCACUCAAGCUCCAGCUCAGACCCUCGGCCAGCUAGCACAGAGAGUACCAGUACUGCAGCUGGCCUGUUACAUGUUCCAGGGCCGCACACAGGCGGGCAGAACCAGCAAGGUCACUUAAUCAACACUACAGCACAUCCUGCCUUUGCACAAGGUCAUUGGCUCCAGUUCCCCCAGGCAGCCAGUCCUCCCUACGGAACGACCGCUCCCAUCAGCCCCAUGAGCCUCCUGUGGUGGCAGCAGGCCUACGCCUGGCAGCUCUACAUGCACCAGCAAGCCUCAUUGGCUGCAUUUUAUCAGACCGCAACGCCCAUUUCCCCCACAGGCCAAUCGGAACAGCCCAGAGAGGAGCAGCAGGCUGCUCCUGCUGACCCCAUUGGUGGGGAGGGGCAGGAUGGGGAGGAUCAGAACCGUGAUUGGCUGGAUUGGGUGUACACAGGAGCCCGGGCGAUCGUCCUGCUCAGCAUCAUCUACUUCUACUCCUCCUUCAACCGAUUCGUCAUGGUCAUUGGAGGCAUGCUGCUGCUCUACCUUCAUCAAGCCGGCUGGCUACCUUUCAACCUAGAGCACGAGCUACAGAACCUGGCAGACGGGGGCAACCAGGACGAACUGGACGGGGAUCUAAAUGACCUCCAGGAUAUGGAGCGCGUAAUAGACGAUGGCUUUGGAGACGAGGAUGGGGACAGUGCAGAGGAAGGUAGCGAGGGACCCCCGGGAGAAGACGACCAAAAUGGCUUCUUCUCCUCCGCCUGGUCCUUCAUCACCACCUUCUUCACCUCCCUAAUCCCUGAGGGCGUUCCCAACGCAGCAAACUGAAUCAUGGGAGUUGUAGGUCAAUACGUGAUUGCACUUUGGGGCCCCUAUCCACUGUGACAAGAAGCAACUUAUGCCUUUGUUUGCUCUUGUGGGUUCCUCAUUGAGUUUAUGAGAGGACACGUGUUAAUAGGAGCUUCAAAACAAAAGACUAUGGCGUACAUCAUUUAUGGGGCCCAUUUCAAAUUGUAGAUCCUAUGCACAUUCCCUCAAACUGUGAAUAAAAACAUUUGAGCAGGUCCAUGUAAGCAGGAAGAGAGUGCGUGAGUGAGAAAAAAGAAAGACAAUGUGUCUUAUUUCAAUCAGCAGUCAUAAAUUGACAGAAGAGCGAUGUGAGUCCCUCUGUGUGGUAACUGAUUUCAGAGCAGACACUUUGUGUAAAGUAGUUGGAGAGAAACAGAUCGUCUUUGUAAGUGGUUUUGUACAUCAUGGCAGUUGCCCUCCAAUCUAAGCAACUGUGAGAACUGUGAGUGGGCCUUUAAGGCUGCAUUGUUACAUUGUAAUUUUUAAUGUUUAAAAAUGUUAUGAUCUAUUUUCGUUAAAAAAGAAGUUUGGAACUAAAGAGUCUUUAGGUACCCCCCCUAAUCUGUGUGGUCAGUGUGUGAUCGUCUCGCUCAUAAAUCAAUGCUUGUUUGAUAUUUGAAGUGUUAUAAAGGGUGGUCCAGAAAACCAAGUGAAAAUCA